CCGGGGAUUCCUCAGGACGGGGCGUCCCUCAUUCUUCCAGGAGCGCAAACCAAGGCCCAGGGAGGGGAAGGAAGCAGGGCCUGGGCCAGGCCCCGGGCAGGAUUACUUCCUGAACAGCGGAGGAUGAGGGGUGUGACCAGGGCAGAGCCAUCUCCCACCCGACCUGCCCAUGUGCGCACGAGAGGGGCUGUGCCGGGAGCAGGGCUGGGCCACGUGACGUGGAAACCCGAGGGGUGGCCUAGGAGAUCUCCAGGACCCCUCUCCCUAACUUCUUGGGUCCUGGAGGCGAGGAGGGAAGGGCGGGGGGAAGGCUGAGGUGGGCCCAGGCCCCUCCCCGAGCCCGGGACAGCCUGUCCUCCUGUCCCUCCCUGGGCUUCCCUUCGUCACAUCGUCACCUUCAGCCUGGUCACCUGCUUAGUUGCCUCCAGGGCUCAGCACAUAGCAGCUGAGCACAUAUUGGAAUGACGAAGGAUCGAUGCUUUGGGAGGAUGGAAACAAAACCUCAUACUCGGUGCCUGGCCCAGAGCCUGACGCCGUGCAUGCUUGGCGAUUAGAGGUAUUUUUACACCUUGGCGAUCAGCGGAAUUUUUACACCUUGGCGAUUAGCGGAGAUGGGAAAGGUCGGGGUGGCCUCGUGGGUGCUGACUCCUGUAGUCAGACACCUGCCUGGCCUGGGGAUCCCACUGGGCCGGGCGCCCUCCAGUGCUCGCCAGCACGCCACAGAGGAGCUGGGUUCCGCCGGAUGCCUGGGGGCCAGACCAGCCUCCCGCACGGCAGCCCAGCCCCGGAGGGGCCGUGAGUCCUGGAGCACGGGGAUUCCUGCCGUCGGUGCCGCGGCCAAGCCAGAAGCAUUCUGACCGUGUUGCCAAGUGUUUCCUGCCCUAGCUGCCCCACAGCACAGCUGGCAUUGGCUGGCAUUGGGGUGGACCUGUGAGCCCAGGCAGCGGGGUCUGGGAGCCCCUCCUGUCUUCCUGGGCUCUCUGGCCCCGAGUAGCCAAGUGGCCAGUGGACUCACCCCAUCCACCCAGAGCCCCUUCCCGUUUCAGCUUCUUUUGCAAAUUGACAACAAAAGUCACAAGAAAUAAUAUAAAUAAUUCCCACGUACCCCACCCAGGUUCCUCAAAUGUUGACAUUUUACUACGCUUGCCUUCUCUCUUUCUGCAUUCACAGAUCUAUUUAUAUUUCAGGACAGUUUAAGAGUAAACUGCAGACACGAUGCCCCUUUAUCCCCCAGGGCUCUGGCGUGUGUGUUUCCUCAAACCAGGACCUGCCCGUACAGAACCAUUGUGCAAUUUUUUCAAACUUCCAACUCUCCUGGUUUAAACACCACCAUUAUCUAAUCUGCAGACGGACCUCACUCCCAUCCUGCAUCUGCCCCCGUAACGUCCUUUCCACCAAAGAAAACCCUGGUCAGGCUCUGCGUUCUGUGGCCGCGUGCCUGUGGAGCUUUCUAACCUGGAGGUUGAUACUUUGAAGCUUCUGGGCCAGACGCUGCUGCCCCUGGCGUUUCUGCACCGGCUGCUGGGCCCUCUCCUGGCCAGAUGGGCUCCUACCCCACAGACCUGACUUUGCAGCUGCUGGCUGUGCAGAGGAAAAGCGGAUUGCCCGACCCCAGCCUGCAGCAGGUCCUGCGGGGCCGGCUCCGUCUUCUGGAGAAUGACAGCUGGGAGGUGGCCCGUGCUCUCGGGGAGCUAUCGGCCAGGCUGCUGUCCAUCCACAGUGACCAGGAUCGGAUUGUGGUGACGUUUAAGACUUUUGAAGAAAUCUGGAAGUUUUCCACCUACCACGCUCUCGGCUUCACUCAUCACUGCCUGGAAAACCUGCUUGUGGACCAGACCUUCUGGCUGCUCGAGCCUGAUGAAGACCAGGAGACGGCCAUCCAAGUCCACGUGGAUGAGGAGGCCUUGAAGCUGACGCACGAGAGCCUCCUUUUCCAGGAAGGGCCUUUCUUUGUGCUGUGUCCUGACCACCGCGUGAAAGUGAUGAACGGCCUCCAGCCCCUUGGGCAGGCUUCGGGGUUUCCCCGGGCAGAGGCGGCGCUGCCAGUGGACUCCUUGGCCCCCAGCCACAACACAUCCUCAGAGGAGCGGACAGCCGCGGAGCCCUUGAUUCCGUUCCAUCAGUGGGCUCUUAGGGUCCCCUGGGACCCCAUCAACGACUCCAUGGGUGGACCUGUGACGCCGGACAUCCAGCCAAUGGCUGUGGGCCUGGCCUCGGCUGUGGCGGACUGCCAGGGCUCAGGGCCCGAAGAGAUGACCUUCCGAAGCGGUGACCACAUCGAGAUCCUGGGCGCCCAGGUGCCCGGCCUGCCCUGGUGCCUGGGCCGGCACGCGGCCUCCGGCCAGGUCGCCUUUGUGCAGACGAGCCUCAUCAGUGCGCAGGGCCAAGCGUCUGACUUGGAAAAUGUGAUUUUUCUCAAUGAAGAGGAAAGGUCUUUCUUCAGCAGCGAAGGACGCUUUUCCGAGGAGGAUGCCAGGCAGCUACUCAGGAGGAUGUCCAGCACGGACGUCUGCACUGUGUACAGCUUGGACACAGAAGAAGCUGAGAUGCAGCAACAGGAAGAACAUGAGAUGCCCCCGCCUUGCCUGCACCCAGAGCCACGUGAGACCCUGCAGAAGGUGAAGAAUGUCCUAGAACGAUGCAAGUCCUGCCGGGGCUGCCCCAAGGAGCCAACGUCCCCGGGCGUCCACGGGGCAUCCGGUGGCGCGAGCUCGCCGGACACUAAGGACCCCUCCUUCCGCCUGGACGCCAGGGAUGCCCGGGCUGACCCAGAGGCCCUGGGCUCCCUGCUGCAGUUCCUGGACAAGCCCGGCUUCGAGGCCGGCCUCCAGGGCCUGUACGACCUCUCCCCGCCCGGGCUGAGUGGCGUGUUUGGCGGCUUCACCGACGAUGAGGAGCUGGCCCGGCUUCUGGCUGAGGCCCGGGGUGUGGCCAAGAAGGCCGGGCUGCCCAUGGCCCUGGCCAGGCUCUGCUUCCUGCUGGGGCGGCUGUGCGUCCGGCGGCUGAAGCUGUCCCAGGCCCGCGUGUACUUCGAGGAAGCCCUGGGGGCGCUGGGGGGCCGCUUCGGGGACCUCGUCCUGGUGGCGGCCGUGUACACCAGCCUGGCCGCCGUCCACCUGCGGCAGAAGAACAGGGAGAAGUGCGCGCAGGUGGUGCCCAAGGCCUUGGCCCUGCUCCUGGGGACGCCCGGCCACGUCGGCGGCUCCGAGGCCGAGUCGGGGCUCCUGCAGCUGGGCCUGCGGAGGGCUAUCGGCGCCCGCAGCCCGCAGGCCGAGGCCCGGGCCUGCUUCCUGCUGGCCGAGCACCACGCCCGCGGCAAGCGGCCCGAGGAGGCCCUGCCCUUCCUGGAGAGGCUGCUGCAGCUGCACGGGGCCUCGGGGGCUCCGGGCGCCUCGUGGCCCGUCGACUGCUACCUGCUGCUGGCAGACGUCUACAGCCGCAAGUGCCUCCCGCACCUGGCGCUGAGCUGCGUCAAGGUGGCCUCGCGGCGGGCGCGGGGCUCGCUGGACAGCGCGCUCCGGAGCGCGGCCCUGGUCCUGCGGGGCAGCCCCCAGCUCCCCCGCCUCCCCGCCCAGCUCGCCCCCUACCUCCUGCAGGCCCUGGCCUCCCCGGCCUCGGGCACGGGGCGGGCGCUGCGCGGCCCCAUCUACGCCAGCCUGGCCCGGCUGCACAGCCAGCACGGGCGACAGGGCAGGGCCAUCGCCUUCAUGACGUGGGCCGCGGAGACGGACGCCCAGAUUGGCGGCCGCACGGUCGUGGACCGCCUGGUGGCCCUCGCCUGGUUGCACGUGCUUCACAGGCAGAUCCCGGCAGCCCUGGACAUCUUGGAGUCCGUCCUGGAGGCGGCGGUGGCCGCCCUGGACCAGGAGGGCGUGAUCGCCAACAUGGCGGCUAUCGCCCUGAAGAGGAUGGGCAGGACUCAGCAGGCGGCCGAGGGCUACUACCGCGCCCUGAGGGUCGCCAGGCGCCUGGGUCGCCAGCGGAACAAGGCGGUGGUCCUGGCCAACUUCGGGACCCUGUGUCUGCAGACCGGCGCCGGCAGGCUGGCCCAGCACUACUUCCUGGAGGCCGUGAAGCUCUUCUCGCGGCUGCCCAGCGGAGAGUGGGGCCCAGACUUCACCCAGGUGCUCCUGCGGCUGGGUCACCUGUGCACCCGCAGGGCCCUCACCCGGCAGGGCAAGUGCUACUACGAGUGGGCCUUUCUGGUCGCCGUGGAGACGGACCAUUUGGAGAGCCAGCUGCACGCCGUCCAGCGGCUGUGUCACUUCUACAGCACAGUCAUGCCCAGUGAGGCCCAGUGUGUCGUCUACCACGAGUUCCAGCUUUCGCUGGCCCGCAGGGUGGCCGACAAGGUGCUGGAGGGGCAGCUCCUGGAGGCCAUCAGCCAGCUCUACCUGUCCCUGGGCACCGAGAGGGCCUACAAAUCCGCGCUGGACUACACCAAGCGCAGUCUGGGGAUAUUCAUCGACCUGCAGAAGAAGGACAAGGAGGCGCACGCCUGGCUGCAGGCGGGGAAGAUCUACUACAUCCUCCAGCAGAACGAGCUGGUGGAUGUCUACAUCCAGGUGGCACAGAACGCGGCCCUGUACACAGGGGACCCCAAGCUGGGGCUGCAGCUCUUUGAGGCGGCUGGAGACAUCUUCUUCAACGGGACCUGGGAGCGGGAGAAAGCCGUGUCCUUCUACCGGGACCGGGCGCUGCCCCUGGCCGUGAACACGGGGAGCCAGGAGGCCGAGCUGCGUCUCUGCAACAAGCUGGCAGCGCUGCUGGCCGAGACGGAGGCGCCGCAGGAGGGCCUGGAGUUCGCCCACACGGCCCUGGCCCUCAGCGUCACCCUCGGGGACCGGCUGAACGAGCGGGUGGCCUACCAUCGGCUGGCCGCCCUGCACCAGCAGCUGGGCCACGGGGAGCUGGCCGAGCACUUCUACCUCAAGGCACUCUCGCUCUGCACCUCGCCACUGGAAUUUGACGAGGAGACCCUGUACUACGUGAAGGUGUAUCUGGUGCUCGGAGACAUCAUCUUCUAUGACCUCAAGGACCCGCUCGACGCGGCCGGGUACUACCAGCUGGCGCUGGCAGCGGCCGUGGACCUGGGCAACAAGAGGGCGCAGAUGAAGAUCUACACGCGCCUGGCUGCCAUCUACCACAACUUCCUCCUGGACCGGGAGAAGUCCCUGUUCUUCCACCAGAAGGCUCGGACCUUUGCCACCGAGCUUAACAUCCGCCGGGGACACCUGGCCCCUGGGCGGUGCUGCGGGCGGGCGGCCUGGCUGGUCCCCGGGCCCCCGUCCUGAGCCGUGGCCUCCGUCUGUCCCAGUGUCUCAGGGGGCUCGCUUCCUGGGAAAUGCGGGCACGAGGGCAGGGGUCAAAUAGCAAUAAAUGUUUUUUGCCGAAA